AUGAGGGCGAACAACUCUACAAGAAUUCAAAUCCAGGACCUCCUUGCUGCUGGACGGUACCUCACUGUUUUUGUGCACCAGUUUUUCUUCAGGGUUCAUGACCGGAGCCUCAGGUGUCGCCUGGCAACAGUCAAAGAGAAGAAGCUGGGACGUCUUUGUCUGACUGAUUUUCCCUGUGGAAAUGGAACCUGGAGGGGCACCAAAGACAGUGCAGGGGGUGCAGAAACUGAGUCAACAAGUGACCUCUUGGACCUGCUGGACUGUCCUCGUUCUCCAUGGAGAGUCAACGAUGACUCCUGGAGUCCUCAAGCUUCAGCUCUGAGACGGCUGGCCGUGCUCAAGCCUCUGCGGCUGAACGCAAACUUUAUCCACAAUUACUUCACGACACUUCGUAUCCUGGGCAAAGAUGUAUCGAUUAUUGAUGAAGGCCUGCUKAAGUUCUCCAGACUGGAGGAACUGGUGCUGAGCACUAACGUAAUCUCAGAAAUCCCUGCGGAGAAUCUUCCCAGCUCCCUGAAGGUUUUGGACGUACGUGCAAACCGAUUAUCUUCUCUAAACGGUCUCACGAGGCAUCCACCUCCCCAGCUGCAGUAUCUCGGCCUUGGCUCAAACUGUCUAGGUUCCCAUAAAGACAUAUCUCAUCUUACAGGAAGACACUGGCCACAGCUAGUGUGUUUGGACCUCAGCGACUGUGAGUUUCAGGACCAACAAGCUCUGCUGAGCGCYUUGAGCACCCUCCCGUGCCUUAAGACACUGUUGGUUGUGGGCAACCCGUUCACCCUUGCGCCAUCACAUCCAGGCUUCACUGUGGACAGCCUCCCACAGCUCAAAYAUUUAGACGCCUCGUGGAUCUCUGCUGAGGAAAAGUGUCGUUUUAGAGGCUUGGCCACAAUGAGUGAUCUGAUUGUGGAUGUAGCUUCGGUCACAGUGAGCCUGAGCAGGUUGAUGGGAAUCCCAGACCCUUCGAUGGGUGUAAAUAAAAAAGCUCCUGAUUUUCCACUCAUCACCUACAACUAUUCCAUCACAUACCCGUUCCUUAAUCAUCCUCCACCUGAUAAACUGGUGAUGUAUUCUUCCUGCACUUUUUACUUUAAUUUAUAUGUYGUCAAAAAACUGGACAGUGAGUUUCAGCCUGACCCGGGGUCCGCAGCUCGUGUGACAGAGGACGGCCCGGCYGAAGAUGACCAACAGACAAACCGUGAAGGAGAGACGUCCAGUUCAGACGCUGGAGUUUCCAGCUCUGAUGAAACCCACACUGAAAGUGAACACCCGUCACAACACAGCACAUCCAAACUGUUGUGGACCGAACUCGUGGACUUCAGCGACUCACAGACCUUCACUGUCACUUCUCUGAGAGUUUUGAAGAAAUUUCUCAAUCAAGGACUUUCUCUCAGGCUGGAGGAGGAAAAGAUCCUGUCAUGGCCUGCAGCCUCUGAGGACGCGCCGGCUGUGAAACCGAGCCGGCCUGAAAUAAGCAGGAAAGGGAAGAAGGAAGAAGAAUCCCGAGCUAAAUCCACCAAAGACAAAAAGAGUAAAUCUGCACCAGAUCUGGUCCAAGAUGCCCCCAUCAGAAGAACCCUGGGCUCUGCACACAUCCCUCUGCAAAGCCUGGUCCAUGGAGAUCAAAAGGUCAAUGUCGUCUGUGACUUUGGUCCUUUGCACACAGAUGAGGAGGAUGAGCAAACACGCCAAAAGGAGCUUGGGAAAAAGAUUAAAGAAGAAAAGAACAACAAUAAGGAUCUGAAGCAGAGAGGAGACAGGAGCACUGUUCCUUCAAAAGGGAAAGAGAAAAAAGCCCAUGAUGUGGACAUCCAACCAGACGAAUCUGCCCGCAUCCAACCAGUAACUGUGGAGCUGUGUGUGGAGCUAGAGAAAUGGCGGUCUGCAUCUGAAGCCCACCAACUCAAACCACCACAAUAAAAUCUAUUAAAGAUUCAAAUUAAAUUACCACAAUGCAAGUUCUC